CACAAGACGACGUCUACCUAGGACCUUCUCUCCCUCACGUCUUGUUGUUGUAAAAUAUUUAAUCAUCUGAUUGCGUUGUAUUAUAAUAUUACAUUAAUUUUUAAUAUGUCCUUGUUAUCGGCUGAUUUGUCGGAACCUUCUGUUAUUACAUUGAAUGUGGGUGGUAAAUUAUUUACUACGAGUAGAUUUACAUUGACUCAACAGGUUGGAAAGAAUGACCUGGAACAUGUGUUGGCUUCAAUGACAAAUGGAAGACACCCUGUUGAUCGAGAUAGAGAUGGAAAUAUAUUUAUUGAUCGGGAUGGAACAUAUUUUCAUUUCCUUUUGAAUUACUUGAGAAAUGGAGGUAAUUUAUCACUUACAAUGUUGCCUUCUGUAAAGUAUCAACCAGUAACUGCCAAGGCUGUUCAAUUGGAAGCAUCAUAUUAUGGAUUAACAGAAUUGGUGGAUUACUUUACUGUUCAAAAGUGGCUUUUAAAGAAGAGAUUCCAAAUGGCAAACUGCCACCCAAAUGUUGUAGUUGUGGAUGGAGGAAAAACCUUAAUAUGCAAGGAAUCUACUGGAAAGAAUUGGUACAGUGUAUCAGCAAGGUAUCCAAUUAUUGCUAUGGACUAUUCGUCCUCUCAACCUUCUGAAAUGGAUGAUUGGAGUUAUUUGGAUGAAAAACCAGAGAUCGAGGAAGAAUGUUUUGCUGAUAGUGAGGAAGUGAAUGGGUUUCCAUCAAGUAAUAAUUACAUUCUCAAAGUUGCUGGUGCUGAUGGUAAUAAUUAUCUUGGACCAGAAAUUACAUCACCAUCCGUAGGAUCUUACAAACCAUUCGAAAAUGAAAGAAUAGACGAAUUACAAAUAACAGCUUCAAAAUUGUCAACAUAUUACGGAAAUAUGAAAUUACUGAAAUACCACAUUAAGAAUUAUUAUGAAGUAACAAUUGAGAGUACUAAGAAUUUCAAUAUUGUAAUUGGUAUCAGCAAACAAAAAACAUCAUAUUUUAAUGAUUCAUGGACUGUUGGAUUUAUUGCCAACUCAUACGGAUAUAAUGUUUGGUCAAUGAAAAAGUAUUCAAAAAAGACUCAAGUGGAUUAUGGAGAACGUUGUGAAAGAGGUGACAGAAUUGGUAUUUAUAUAAACACAGCAUUAGGUUAUGUUGAAUAUUUCAGAAAUGGAAGAAGUAUGGGUGUUGCUUUUGAUGGUCUAACAAAAGAACUUGCUGAUGGAAAUUGGUUUGUUGUAGUGAGUUUGUAUAAUCAAGGUGAUUUUGUCACAUUGAAUAAUUCUAUUUGUCCACCUUCAAGCAAAGAGGAAGAGUUCCUCAGAAAUUUAGAAUCACCAAAACCAGAAAAGUAA